AAACGGCCCUCUCCAAGGCGUCAAGAGUGAGGCCCUAUGAAACGGCCCUCUCCAAGGCGUUGAGGGUGCGGCCCUAUGAAACGGCCCUCUCCAAGGCGUCAAGAGUGAGGCCCUAUGAAACGGCCCUCUCCAAGGCGUUGAGGGUGCGGCCCUAUGAAACGGUCCUCUCCAAGGCGUUGAGGGUGCGCUCAUUUUUAUUUUAUUUGUCGGAAGGGAAAACCGACCUGUGGUCAUGGCGGUUCAUGGAUGACCACCAAAAAAUUCGGGAGUAAGUGCAGCCUUUCUAAUCUAUUGUUUGUAAAUGGGUAAUGUAGUACACAAGCCUGACGUGAACAGCGAGUAAAUUCAUGCGUGGGCUUCUGCAGAUGGGCGGCCCACGUGGAGGCCUCCAACCGAGCUGUGACCACAGCAGAUUUUUACCUGCGCAACGCCGCCCAGUUCCUCCAAUACUUUUCAGAGACGCCGCCGAGACACAGCCGCCUGUCAGCCGUGCAGGUGGUGGCGAUGCGGCGUACUCUGAAGAAGGUGUUGGCGGACCUCAGAAAGAAGGUGGUCCUGAGGCAGGUGGAGGUCAAGGCGGCAAAGAUGGACAGGAUCAUCUUUGCAAAAAACAUGUUGCGCUGCCGGGAGGUGGCGAGACACAGCCGCCUGUCAGCCGUGCACACAUCGUGGAGAAGGACCCCACAACCCCGAACCGCAACCGUUUUUACGGUUACCUCGUGGCCUUUGUGGUCGCGCUCUACGGCCACCGCCCAGGAGUCCUAGUCAUGACGACAAUGAAUGAGUGUUCAGUGUGUGGCCGCGUCUACACGGCCAUGUCCUAUCACUUGGUCACACGGCAUUUGGUGAUAAACACAGAGGAGCGGGCGAUUCUGCUAAACUUGGCGUCAGGGAGGACGCCAAUAAGGAGUGACCCUUGUCCAGCUGUGGGCUGUGCAUACCACAGCUCACAGCUGGACAAGCACUUAAAGGGCCACUCAGAGCUGACCCCUGCGCAGCGUGCGCGACUUUUGAAGUCGGCCAAGGAGAGGAAAGCCCUCAGACUGCUGGCAGAUCUGAGGGCCACCAACCCGUCUGUGCCAAUGGCCACAGCGCUGGACCUCGCCCAGGAGGAAGGCCAGGUGGGGGAGGCACCCCAACCCCAACAGGAGGCACCGGGGGAGGAGGAGGAUGUUGGCGAAGAGACCUGGGCUCUUAGCCAAGAGGUCCGCAGCGUCCGGGCCAAAGUGGCGACGCUGACUCGGGCACUGGCGAGUGCCCGGCGGUGGGGGAGGCUGCAAUCCUUGCAUCUCAGGCGGGCCACCGGGCCCCCAUCUUUGCCUCCCCUGAUGGCUGGACAGGGCAGGCGGAAGGCCACCUACCCUCGGGCUGCGUGGCUAGAGCUGACAGAGGAGUAUAAAUGUCCAUGUUGCAGUUACACCACCAAUGUCUUGUAUAAGAUGAGACUUCACCUGGAUAACCACAUGCAGCUUGCUGUGCGAUUCAAAGCCGCCACCAUCACACAGUCUCCAGCCUCUGCACCAGCUGCCACCAUCACACAGUCUCCAGCCUCUGCACCAGCUGCCACCAUCACACAGUCUCCAGGUCCUGCAGCAGCCGCCACCAUCACACAGUCUCCAGCCUCUGCACCAGCCGCCACCAUCACACAGUCUCCAGCCUCUGCACCAGCUGCCACCAUCACACAGUCUCCAGCCUCUGCACCAGUUGCCACCAUCACACAGUCUCCAGCCUCUGCACCAGCUGCCACCAUCACACAGUCUCCAGCCUCUGCACCAGCUGCCACCAUCACACAGUCUCCAGCCUCUGCACCAGCCGCCACCAUCACACAGUCUCCAGGUCCUGCAGCAGCCGCCACCAUCACACAGUCUCCAGCCUCCGCAGUUCCACCGCCUCCACCUCCUCUCAUUCGCAAGAACAGAGAAACAUUAAUGUGUCCACACUGUAGUCAAGUUGUCAACAGGAGGAAUGUGCGAGUGACCAACUCAACGGAGAGGAGCAUCCUGCUCCAGCUGGGGAUGGGCAGGAUACGCAUCCGCACAGAACCCUGCCCAGUGCCAAGCUGCUCCUAUCGAAGCUCACGCUUGGAUAAGCACCUGGCAGGCGGCCAUUCUGAGCUCACGACGGCAGAGAGGGAGAAGUUGUCAGCAGACGCCAAGCGCAUCAAGGCUCUGAGCCUACUCAGAGCCCUCAGAGCCUCCAACCCCCAACCACCCAUGGUGUCGACGCUCGACAUCGAUGAGGGUGACGAGGUCGUCGCUGACGAAGGCGGCCCGGACGAGUGUCAAGAGCCAGGAUGUGCCGCGGUCAGGCGGGAGAACGCGAGCCUGAAGGCCCAGGUGAAAUCCCUCGGACGGGAGCUUGAGAUCUCCCGGCGGAGGAGCCGAGCCUUGGCCAGACGGCUGAGGCGGUUGAACCCAGGAGCGCCGAUUUCUGAGGAGGAGGAGGAGCCGGCCGAGCCUGACGUCGAGCCGCCGCAGCCCGAAGGCUCAGAGGAGGAGGAGCCUGAGCCUCAGCCUGUGCCGUCCGGGUUGUCGGCGAAGACGCCCACGCCAGCCACCGCCAGCCGCCGCCGGGGUCAGCGAGGGGCCACCAGCCGCCGCCAGCGUGCGCCAAACGUCACCGCUCCAUCGCCCGCCGCGCCAACAGUGCCAGCCCAGGUUGUCAAGAAAGAGCCAAUUUCCACAACAGCCGCCGCCACGCCAGCCGCCGCCAAGCUAGCCGCUGCCAAGCUAGCCACCGCCACAACAGCCGCCGCCACGACCGAGACAGAAUUCGAGGAUGUCUCAAAGGGAAAGGGCCGUGCCUCAGGCCUGCGAAACAUCAAAUUUCCAGAGUCAAUCGAGGCCUACCUGGCAGAAUACCAGGCCCACCACUCGGGCACAGCGAGCAGCGGCAGAGCGAGGGAGACGGCGCUCUCAAAAGUCUCAAGGGUGAGGUCUUUCCUGUUUUUCCUGGCUCAAAGGAAAAAAGACGUAUGGAAUUGGCUUUUCCUCGACAACCCCGGCGGCUUGAGGCGCUGGGUGGAGAAGCUGCAGGAGGGGAACAGAGCCGUCACGACGGUCAACUUUUACCUCAGAAACGUGCAGCAGUUCCUAAAAUACUUCAAAGACACCAAGCCAAAGCUGUGCCGACUGAGCCACACCCAGAUCGUGGGGGUGGUCAGAGGGGUGGACAAGGCCCUCCGCGACUUGAGGAAGAUAGAGGUGAAGAGGGUGAAAAUGACCAGGGUGGUCUCCCCGGCCAACCUCAAAAUCUGCAGGGAAAUGGUCCGGAAGAAAAUUCCCAAGUGUUUGAAAGCCCUAGCCGAGGACAACUGCAUAGAAGCCCUAGCCGAGGACAACUGCAUAGGCAACAGGCAGAGGUUCUACGGGUAUUUUGCCACAUGGGCCGAGAAGCAGGGCUGCGUCGAGGAGGGCUACAUCGUCAAUGUGGACGACCACAAGACGGCGCACUCCUUCGACGCAGCCCAGCUCUUCCUCUGGCUGGGGGACUGGGUGGCCAUGAGGGGGACGGCCCAUCCCCAACCUCGAAAGGACAACAAGCUGCUCUUUUUCACUUCAGGCAGGGGUCCUUCAAAGGAUAUGAACAGCCAUCGGAACAUGGGCCUACCGGGGAGGCCCAUCUACACCGACAUAAGAAUGGCGGUGUCCAGUUAUGCCAAGAGGGUGCACGGAUCAAAGAUCCGCAAUGUCAUGACACAAUACAUGUGUCAUGACACAAAAACGGCCGACAAAUUUUACGCCCUCUCCCUGAACGUCGCAGAGUCCCGGCUGAUGAGGGAGCGGUUCGACGCGACCACUUCGGAGAUGGCCAUCAAAAAAAUGACGGCGCAGAGGCUUUCCCACGCCGGCCGGAAGCCGGAGCUCCCCUCCUCCUCCAGCGAGGAUGAAAAGGCGUCCGCCUCCACCUCCGCGCCCUCCUCCCCCGCCUCCGUGGCCACACCCUCCGUCCCGAGGAAGCGGACAAAGAAGACGGACCGCCGGUCCAGCACCUCCAGCUACCAAGAGUCCGGCAGCUCGGUCCUCAACGAGGAACUCGAGGACAUGGAGCGGGCCCUCCGAGAGCUGGACCGGGACUCGUCUGACUCUGAGGUGGCCGCAGAGGAGGCGGCCAAGGAAACGACUCCCAAAAAGGUCCGCAGGGUGGUGCCCAUGGUGUGA